UCUGUUCUACUUUAGAUAGUUCAGUUAAAAGCAGAAUAGUUACUUUUAGGUAUCCUUCAUCAAAGUAAAAUGCCUAUUUACACCACGCCUUCCAGAGACCGCACUAUGGUAAUUGGUGCUCUGCGUUCAGUGCCGAACAAUCCAGUCAAUGUUCCAGAGAAAGGUAGCACAAGGCUUGGUCCACAAUCUACAUCCCAAGUGCGGGACCAUGAGACACAAGGACAGUCAACAUUGUCCCUGGAUAAAAGCAAUGAAAUUAACAAGACCUACGUAGUGUCUGCUAGCAAAAGAACUCUAGGACCCCCUAUGCCUUCCAAAUCUGAGGGGAGAUUAACCCUCCAGAGAAGAAAAACUGUAGACAAAGGAAAUCCCUGUGUUCAUGGUGAUACUAAUAUAAAUGCUGAUAUAGGUGAAGGAGAAAGAAGGCUUGCAUUACAGCGCCGUAUUAAAGUGUGUAACUCAGAAAGUGGGAAUAGCAUUUUGAAGGAAAAUGCACAAAGCAAAGUGCAAAAUGCCUCAAUAUUGGGAGCAAAUUACCUCUUGAAAACUAAAGGCACCAAUUCCACAGGUUUUGCAUCUUCCAAGCUUUCAUUAAUGCAAAACAUUGGAGAUACCAGAAGCAAUCCUUUGGCAAAUGUAAAGCUGGCUGCGCUUGGUAAGAAACAGGAAAAUCCAGUAACUCCUUAUCGGGCAACUUCAGCAAUAACUGUUAACAAAGUGCAGACCUUAAGCAAGCCGUCAACAACACCUGUUAAAAGGAUGGUGGCGGGUAAACCUGGUGGAAAUGAUAACCAAAAAGAGGCUGAGGAAAAGAUUUUGAAAAUACCCACUGAACAGAAUUUAAUUCAAAAUAGAACUUUGACGACUGAUGGUAUCAAAAUGAUGAAACUUGGUAAUCGGCAAGAGACUAAAAACCCAACUAAUUAUUCUGUUAAAACAAUGGCCAAAGGCUUUCAAAUCUCAAAACCAACAAUCGAUUCUGGGAUCAAUAACUUAAAAUACUCUACAAAUUCAGUGAUGGAUAACAGCGAUCAAAAGCCACCAAGUAGUAGAACACUUAUGAGAGGAACUCUUAGGCAAGUGGACAUAUCAUCACAGAGCCCAUGUACAGGGAAUGAAUGUUUAAAUGGAGAAGACAGUGCUGUGACUGUGGCUGUUCGAGUGAGGCCUUUCAGCAAUAGGGAAAAAAUUGAAAAUGCAGAGCAAGUAGUUUUCAUGAAAGGGCAGGACACAAUUGUGCAACAUCCAGAAACCAAUCACACUUACUCCUUUGUUUACGACUUUUCCUUUUGGUCGUUCGAUGAGUUACAUCCCGAAUUUUCAAGCCAGGAAACUAUAUAUAAGAAAAUAGGAUUUCCUCUGCUAGAAAAAGCCUUUGAGGGAUACAACACAUGCCUGUUUGCUUAUGGCCAGACAGGCUCUGGCAAGUCAUAUACGAUGAUGGGCUUCAGUGAUGAGGGGAUCAUACCAAGGUUCUGUGAACAGUUAUUCGCCAAAGUAGCAAAGCCUGAAAUGCAACAGGCUACUUACCAUAUUGAAAUGAGUUAUUUUGAAGUCUACAACGAGAAAAUUCAUGAUUUGUUGGUUGGUGGAAAUGGAAAGAUGCAAGUAAAGCAGUCUCUCCGAGUAAGAGAACAUCCAGUCUUUGGACCCUAUGUGGCUGAUCUCACUUUGAAUGUUGUCACCUCUUAUGCAGAUAUUCAGGGCUGGCUGGAACUAGGGAACAAGCAAAGGGCUACUGCAGCCACAGGCAUGAAUGAAAAGAGUUCCAGGUCUCACUCAGUAUUCACACUCAUCAUGACACAAACCAAGACAGAAUUUGUAGAAGAGGAGGAACAUGAUCACUGCGUGACAAGCAAAGUGAAUCUUGUGGAUCUUGCAGGAAGUGAACGUUGCUUUACAGCUCAGACCAGUGGCAAUAGACUAAAGGAGGGUGUAAGCAUAAAUAAAUCUCUCUUCACCUUGGGAAAGGUUAUUUCUGCACUUUCAGAAUAUUUUCAGGCUAAGAAGAAAGUCUUUAUCCCUUAUCGGGAAUCAGUGCUAACAUGGUUAUUGAAAGACAGUCUUGGUGGCAAUUCCAAAACAGCCAUGAUAGCUACCAUCAGCCCAUCUGCUUCUAAUGUGGAGGAAACUCUUAGUACGCUUAGAUAUGCCAAACAGGCUCGCCAGAUUAUCAACAUUGCGAAAGUGAAUGAGGACUCGAGUGCAAAAUUGAUUAGAGAUCUGAAAUUAGAAAUUGAUAAGUUGAAAGCUGCCCAGAUGAGUAGCCAAGGAAUUCAGUCUGAGAGGUAUAAAGUAUCCCAAAAGGAAAUAAAAGCCCUGAAAUUGAAGCUCAAUCAACAGGAAAGGGAAAUGGCAGAGUCACAGAGGAGAUGGAGAGAGAGGUUGGAGCAAGCUGAAAAGAGAAAACUUGAGGAAGCAAGAGAACUACAGAAAGCUGGAAUCACUUUUAAAGUGGAUAACAGUUUGCCAAAUUUAGUAAAUCUCAAUGAAGAUCCCCAGAUUUCAGAGGUGCUCUUGUACAUGAUAAAAGAAGGUCAGACAAGAGUGGGAAAACAAAGACCAAACUCAAGGCAUGAUAUCCAGCUAUCUGGGGCACUCAUUGCUGAUGAUCAUUGUGUCAUACAGAACCUAAAUGGUACAGUUAGUAUUGCUCCAUUAGGAGAUGCAAAUACUUAUGUCAAUGGAAACCUUAUAGCAGAGUCGAUAGUGCUACAUCAUGGGGACCGGGUGAUUAUGGGUGGCGAUCAUUACUUUAAAUUUAACCAUCCUCUGGAGGUUCAGUGUGGACGAGCAUCAUCUGGGAAUGCACUGCUUGGAGAUGGUCCCAAAGGUUUUGAAUUUGCAAAGAAUGAACUUUUGCAAGCUCAACAGGCAAGACUUGAAGUCGAAAUUGAAGAGGCCCGUUUGCAAGCCAAGAAGGAAAUGAUGCAGGGUAUCCAAGUUGCGAAGCAAAUAGCUCAGAAGGAGUUAUCUUGUCAAAAAUCACUGUAUGAGAAUAAAAUAAAAGAACUAGAAAAGGAAUUGGUGAAGGAAAGCCAAAAAAAGAAGGCAAUUGAGGAGCUGCAGAAUGUAAAAAAACAACUUCAACAAGAAAUGCAAGUAAAUAAGCAACUUGAACAAGAGGUGGCAGUGAAUAGGAAACGUCUAGAGCUGGAGACCUUAGCCACCAGACAGGCUCUAGAAGAUCAUAAUAUACGCCAUGUAAAGUUUCUUGAUGCACUGGAGGCUGAGAAGAGAAAGAUGACAAAAGACUUGGAAAGAAUGCAGCAAGAACGGAAAAAGAGAUUAGAGACUCAAAAGAGCAGCGUAUGUAAAGAUCAUUCAUACUGGAGCUCCAUGAAACUUUCAAUGAUGAUCCAGGAAGCUAACACCAUUAGCAACAACCUGAAAAAGCACACGGUUUUCAACAGGCAUGAAGAGUCCGAUAAUGAAAAUAAAAGCAUCCAAACUCCAAUUCAGGUGCAGGUUAAAAAUACUAAGCUGGGCAUCAGCACAUUUUGGAGCUUGGAAAAAUUUGAAUGCAAGUUGGCAGCUAUGAGGGAACUUUAUCAGGGCAAUACACAUUCUAGAGAUGAAGACCUUUUUUAUGACCCUAAUGAUGACUGGGAAACUGAUUUAACGCACUCUUCCUCUUUCUCUAGAAGACGAAGCAGAAGCUUUUUCAAAAGCAAACGAAUGUCUGGGUGUUUGGCAGGAAUCCAAGCUUUUAGUGUUCAGAAUCUGCAGUCUGCACAUCCUACAGAUCUACUGAACGUUUCUCAGAGUAUAUGUUUAACAGGGUCAGAGUCGACACUGCCUGUUGUUUGUAAGGAAAUUUUAGGUGCAGCUGUUGAUUUUCUGGGAAGAAACCAUUUAUCACAGGAGAACAUUCCUGAUAGACUUAUCACUGACCUCCUCACCAUUCAUAAGGGGACAAUGGAAAUCUCCAAAUCCUAUGAACAGCUAGAUGAAGAAAGUCAAGAAAAUUUGUUCGCCAAUAAUCAAGCCAUGCAGUCUUACUGUGUCAGAGCCACAUCAAUUUUUGAGAGGGUGACAGUUCUAGUGAAACUGUGGAUAGACACUGUCCCGCAAGACACUUGCUUUGGGAUAAGUGAAGAUGAACUGCUUGGUGAAGUUAGAACAUUGGGUAGAAACUUACAACUAUUACUGCAGGGCUGUGAUUCAGACAUUUCUUCUAUGGUAAUGGAAGCUCAGAACAAAAUAAGCCAAACAAUUAGAAGACUUGUAAAGCACAUAGGUCAUUUGGCAGCAUUCAUGAGCAUGGAGCUGCAUUUUGACGAAGAGAACAUUGAUGAUUCACCCAGUUACAAGAGGAGUGUUAUGGCCUGUCUUUUUGAGGGAACAGAAUCUGGAAUGAAGAGUCUCUUAGAUGUUGGCCUAAAAGCAAUAAAGGAACACCAGAAAUUGCUGCAAAGACCAUCAACAAAGACAGAGGUAUUUGAGAGACUAAAGAAGAGGAGCAUGGCCCUGUCAGCUUCAAUUCAAAACUAUCUCAUGGAACUGAAAAAGUUGAAGAUGGGUACCCUAAUCCAAGAAUGUCCAACCUGGCAUCUGAGAUCCAUAAAGGGCCUGAACAGUGUUAGUGCUGAAUUGGUGAAGUUUAAUGAAAGUUAUCACACGAUGUGCCAAAUGAUAACUUCCGUGCUGAGAGGUGAAAAUGCAGUCGAUAAGCAGCUGAAGAAGUGCAUAGAAAUGGCUUGUUCCUCAAUGCUGAAUGUAGCUGGUAAAUUUGAUAUGCUUUGGACUUCCUCACUUGAAGUGAAUGCAUCCUCAGCCAGAGAAAGCAAACUGGACAGGAAAGGACCUCAGUUAUUGAUCAGUGAAGUGGACUUGGCUGCCAACUCACUCCUUGACUUAAUUGAACACCUCCAGAGUGAAAAGGGGAACGCGAGCUGUACUGAUAAUAAUGAAAAGAUCAUGGCUUCCACAAAUGUUGACUCUUCUAUUAGGUGUAACAGAGGAGUUAAGAAAGUUGUAUACACACUCCAAGGAACAGCUUCAACUACUGAAGAACCUUCACCAACAACUGUAGAAUGGGUUUGAGAGAUUAUUAAAUAAUUAUAUUUGAGCAAACCUUUAAAUUUAUAAGAUAUAAAAUAUAAUCACUUGGGCUUUGCAAGUUUACAAACUGAUUGCAAUAUAUUUUUAACUUUAGCCAAAUAUUGUUUUUAAUCAUUGUAUUCAUUAUUAUUUUUGUGUACUCUAGGUACUGUAAAUGCACCCUUUUCUUGGUUGUAAGAUGUACUUUUUUUCUGGGACUACUGCAAACCUCAAAGUAAAACAUUAGUAAAGCACUUGGAAUAUAAUAUCUACCAAUGUUCUUCAGCUGGCUAGAAAACCUUGUAGUAACCUGAAGUAAUAUCCCAUCUUGUAUGAAACUUUAAGACCUUGGUGCCUGUGCUUCAUUGUGUAGCCAAAAUUGGAAGCUUGCUGUAUCAUGAUCUGAAGGGAGGGUCCUGCAUCAGCGGAGUCUGAAUCAGUGCUUUGGUGGUACUGGUCACGUAUGCCACUAAGCUUGUGUUUUUGUGAUCUGGUGUUGAUAAUGGUUUGGAAAAGUUCUGAACCCCACACAACUUCAAAUUCACUAGUUUUGUUUAAUUUUGCUGGAUUGCAAUGAAAGAUUAAAUUCCUGCUUUUGCUGACAACUAUUUUAGUUGCAAUUAUUAGUUUAAAAUCAACCUUCAAGCUCAUACCUACUUCUCCCAAACUAAAACAAGAAACAUUCAAACACAGAAUCCAGUUUGGAGCACCAGAUCGCAGCAUAAACAGUACAAAAGAACAACAUCUGCUCUUGGCUAAAUCACAGUCAUGUCUUCCAGCUGCUCCAGUAAUGUAAGUUAGGUAACAUUGUUAUCUGAGACUUCCACAGAGGUCAUUAUUAUUUUAGAUAGAAAACACAAAAGUAAUAUGUCUGCCUUAGUAUCUAAAAAGAAUUGUGGAAAAAGCUGCUGUCAAUGAUAUCUUCCUUACAACCAUAUUGCAUCAUUCUGCUCUGUUCCUUGAAUUGGAAACAUUGAUGCAAUGGGUUCUGACUAUUUGCAUCACCUGGGUCUAAUGAAAUAAAUGGUUACAUUUUUUUUUCUGUUGUAAAGUUAUUGCAUGGAAUGGGUUUGGAACAUCUCAAACUAUUGCCAGAGACCACAUCACAAAAUUGACUGUAGUAUGCAAUGUUUGAAUAAGGCCCCUGAGAAUGGUCAAUAUAGCAAAUGAGAAAAUUUGACUAGUUGUGUGGUAGAUGGGUGCUGUUGUGUUGGGUGCAUUUUUCAAAGUAAAGGAAACUUUACGGCUGGUCACUCAGGAGUCCUUAAGACUGGAACUGAGUGAUGAAAUAUGUCCAAAUAACAUUUCCUGGUGAUGAAGAGGAAAUUAAUGCCACUUAAAAGGUUAUGCUUAAUGUAUUUUUUUGAAGUACAAAGGAAGUAUAAUAUGGUGAGAAUGGAGCCUAUGAAUUUAAAUUGGCUAUACAGUUAUUGUGUUUUUCUAUUUUGUAGGAGUUUGUUGAAUAAAAAUAAUUCUAUAUGGUUAGACUGGCAAAUGCCAUGCUAGCAGAAUACAAAUUAGCAAUUGACUUUGUUCGGUCUAGAAAUAAUAAAAACAAAAGUGAUGAGUUGCACAAGCAUCAGAUUUAUUGCAGCAAUAAAGACAAUGCUAUUUAUUUGUACCUCGACUGUUGACUUUACUGAUCUGUAUUUAAAAAGUGCCUUGUUUCUUUGCGAUCAUGUCAUUCUAAGGGAAGAGCAGCAAUAUUUUUAAAUAAACUAUUGUUUUUGUCC